UCGAUCAACAACAAUCAUAAUAAUUGCUAAAGUUGUAUCAAUUGAAAUAGGAUGGAUUGGAAAAUAAAGUACGAGACGCACAGCGACGAGGAAUACAGUUUAGGGGAAUCGUCGACAACCAGAAACGUUUUAGAAAUGAACAACGACCAUUCAGUGUUCCAGCAAAACGACCUGUUUCCUUCGGCGUUCCCGUUGAUGGCCGAUAUCAGACGGCAAGGGAAGCUGUGCGAUGUCGUUUUAAAAGUCGACGGACAACAUUUCAGCGCCCAUAAAAUCGUCUUGGCUGCCACCAUUCCCUAUUUUAAUGCCAUGUUUAUGAACGACAUGGUGGAAUCUAGGAAUAAGGAGAUCGAAAUUAAGUGUAUUGAUGCAAUGGCUCUCGAAUCUCUCGUAAACUUCGCCUACUCGGGCAAGGUCACGCUCAACAAGAACAAUGUGCAGAGCAUUAUGAUAGGCGCGUCAUACUUGCAGCUCGGCAAGGUCAGGGAUGCGUGUGCCAAUUACCUGUUGCAAAGGAUACAUCCCCAAAAUGCGUUGGGGUUUCGCCAGUUUGCAGAUUCGCUGGGGUGCUCCGCCCUCGCGGAAUCAGCCGAGCGCUACAUCGAGUCCUACUUUCACGAGGUGGCCCAACAAGAGGAAUUCCUCAACCUCACCUGUGCCGAGAUCAAGACACUGCUCUACAAGAACGAACUACGCGUCGACAGCGAGGAGCAGGUGUUCGAGGCGUGCAUGCGCUGGAUAAAGCACGAAAUAAAGAAGCGAAAGGAACACCUGCCCGAGUUGUUGUCUUUGGUAAGGUUGCCGCUCCUGUCGCCCCUAUACAUAACGGACCGGGUGAGGAACGAGGAGCAAAUCAGGUACUCGAUACAGUGUCGAGACCUGGUCGACGAGGCCCUCACCUUCCAUCUGAUCCCCGAACGACGCAGCCUGAUCCAAAGCUUCAGGGUGGAGCCGCGCGUGUGCGACGUCCAAGGUCACAUCUACGUGGUGGGAGGAUUGAACAGGCUGGGCGAUUCGGUGUCGACCGUCGAAUACUACGACCCGAAGUCGGGAAAAUGGCACAACGCGCCGCCCAUGUCGAUGAUGAGGUCGCGAUUGGGCGUGGCCGUCGUCAAGCACAAGCUUUACGCUUUCGGUGGCUACAACGGCAAAGACAGUCGACUUUCCAGCGUCGAGGUGUAUGACGCGAUCAAGAAGGAGUGGAACAUCGUCGCCCCGAUGAUUUGCAAACGCAGCGCGCUGGGCGCCACCGCCCUCGGCGACCUCAUCUACGUGUGCGGCGGCUACGACGGCGUGACGUCACUCAACUCCGUCGAACGUUAUCAUCCAGCGAGUAACAGCUGGUGCUCGCUGGCGCCGAUGAACAAAUCGAGAAGCGCGGGCGCGGUUAUCGCCUUCCAGGGUUACAUCUACGUGCUGGGAGGCCACGACGGCCUCUCCAUAUUCAAUUCGGUCGAACGGUACAAUCCGGCGACGGACACGUGGACGGAGGCGCCCCCUAUGCUCACCAAACGGUGUCGACUGGGAGUCGCCAUGCUCGGCGGCAAAUUAUACGCUUGCGGCGGCUACGACGGCAGCUCGUUCCUCCAAACCGUCGAGGUAUUUGAGCCGAGCGCUAACAAAUGGACGUACGUCGCGCCUAUGACCGCACAGAGAAGUCGAGUGGCCUUAACCUCAAAUAUGGGCAAACUCUGGGCUGUCGGCGGUUACGACGGCAUUUCCAACCUCGUAACGGUGGAGGUGUACGACCCCAAGUACAACGAAUGGAGAUACGCCGCUGAUAUGAUAGCUCACGAGGGCGGCGUAGGUCUUGGAGUGAUCUCGAUCCCGGAACUGAGCCGGAGCUAAAGACUGUGAUUUUCUUUUGGUCGCCAUUUUUUUGCCGGGGGCCCCGGUGUGCCAUCUCCGUAGCGGCCCGUAUUAAAAUUUAAGCGUAUUUUAAUUUUAAUUAUUUUAUUAUAUUGUAUUAUUGUAAUGAAUGAAGAUAGUCGAUUCGAAA